AUGUCCUCGGAUGUAGAAAAAUUUAUCCGACUUUGGAUUCAUGAGGUAUAUCGGGUCUUCUAUGACCGUCUGGUUGACAAGGAGGACAGACAGGUCUUCUUCAACAUGGUGAAGGAAACCACCUCCAAUUGCUUCAAGCAGAGUGUAGAGAAGGUGCUCAUCCACUUGUCACCCACUGGAAAGAUCGUGGAUGAUAACAUCCGUAGCCUCUUCUUUGGAGAUUUCUUCAAGCCAGAAAGUGACCCAAAAAUCUAUGAUGAGAUCACUGACCUGAAACAGCUCACAGUGGUCAUGGAGUACUACCUGGAAGAGUUCAACAUCAUCAGCAAGGCCCCCAUGUCCUUGGUCAUGUUCAAGUUCGCCAUUGAGCACAUCUCCAGGAUCUGCAGGGUCCUGAAGCAGAACAAAGGCCACUUGCUCCUGGUGGGCAUUGGGGGCAGCGGACGGCAGAGUGCCACCAAACUGUCCACAUUCAUGAACUCAUACGAGCUAUACCAGAUCGAGAUCACUAAGAACUAUACCAGUAAUGACUGGCGGGAGGACCUAAAGAAGAUCAUGCUGCAGGUUGGCGUGGCCACUAAGAGCACUGUGUUCCUCUUCAGUGAUAACCAGAUCAAAGAUGAGUCAUUUGUGGAGGACAUCAACAUGCUUCUGAACACAGGCGAUGUGCCCAACAUCUUCCCAGCUGACGAGAAGGCUGACAUUGUGGAGAAGAUGCAAACAGCAGCCAGGACAGAAAGAGAGAAGAUUGAAGUCACUCCUCUUUCUAUGUAUAACUUCUUUAUUGAGAGGGUGAAAAAGAACCUUCACAUUGUCCUUGCCAUGAGUCCAAUUGGGGACACCUUCCGGAACCGCCUGCGGAUGUUCCCUUCACUCAUCAAUUGCUGUACAAUUGAUUGGUUCCAGUCCUGGCCCACGGAUGCCCUGGAAUUGGUGGCCAAUAAGUUUCUAGAAGAU